AUUGCACACAAGGUGUUUGUGAAAAUUCCCAAGUGAGAUUUGGAUGAUUUUUUUUUUUUCAUUCUAGCAACCAUGGCAGAUGAAAAAGAUGGUUCAACCAUGAUUAAGUUGAACACCUCUAAUUACUCCUUGUGGAAGACCUUGAUGGAGGACAAGUUGUAUUGUAAAGACCUCUAUGACCCAAUUGAGCACAAAGGCAUCAAACCUGCAGAAAUUAAUGAUGCUGAUUGGAAAAAGAUUGAUCGCAAAGCUUGUGCCAUAAUCCGUAAAUGGGUUGACAUGAGUGUGAUUCAUCAUGUGGCUCAAGAGAAGCAGUCCUAUAAGUUGUGGACUAAGCUCGAAGAGCUGUUUGAAAGAAAGAAUGCCCUGAAGAAAGCUUCCCUCAUUAGAAAACUAGUCAAUCUCAAGUACAAGGAGGGCAAGAAUGUGUCUGAGCACUUGAAUAAUUUUCAAGAAAUUUUGAAUGAACUAGUUACAAUGAAGUUGGCCAUUGAUGAUGAGGUGCAAGCAUUGAUUUUAUUGAGCUCUCUUCCAGAUAGUUGGGAGACUUUGGUGGUAACUUUAAGCAACUCAACAAGAGAUGGGGAGAUGACUUUGCAGCUGGUUAAGGACAGCAUAUUGAGUAAGGAAUCUAGAAGAAAAGAGCAAGGAAUUAUGAGUUCUGAGUCUGAAGCACUGGUUACUGAGUAUAGAGGGAGGAGUAAGCAAAGGUAUAUUCAAAGAGACAAUGACAGACAGUCUCAAGAGAGGUACAGCAAGGGGAAGUCCAGAGGUAGAUCAAAAUCCAAGAGCAGAGUGACUUGUUACACUUGUGGAAAGCAAAGUCAUUAUCAAAAGGAUUGUUGGCACAACAGAGAUAAAAAUGUUAGAAAGAGGGCUGAUACUCAUGAAGAGAAGGAGGCCAAGGAGAACACUGUUGCAAUUACUUUUGAUGGUGAGGUAUACUUGCUAUGUGAGAAUGAUAACAUUGAUGUUGCUCAUCAUGAUUCUACAUGGGUUGUUGAUACUGCUGCUUCUUAUCAUGUCACACCAAAUAGAGACUGGUUUAGCUCAUAUAAAGAAGGUGAUUUUGGCUAUCUGAAGAUGGGAAACAGAUCUAAAGCCAAGAUUGUGGGUGUUGGUGAUGUUUGGCUUGAAACAAACAUCGGGCCCAAGUUGCACUUGAAAAAUGUGAGAUAUGUUCCUGAAAUACGUCUCAAUUUGAUAUCUACGAGUAUGCUAGAUGAUGAUGGCUACCUUAAUUAUUUCGGUAAUGGGACUUGGAAACUCACAAAAGGCACUAUGGUUGUGACAAGAGGCAAGAAGAGAUUUUCACUCUAUGAAACUCAAGCAAAACAGUGUCAAGGACAGAUCAAUGUUACAGAAGCUGAUGCUACUGAGUUAUGGCACAAGAGACUUGGGCACUUGAGUGAGAAGGGACUUCAAAUCCUUAGCAAAAAGGAACUCCUACCCAGCUUUACAGGUAAUCUUUCUAAAACCUGUGCUGAUUGUUUAGCUGGCAAGCAUCAUAGAGUUUCUUUUCACACUUUACCCCUGUCUAGAAGAAAAUAUGCACUUGAUUUGGUUCAUACUGAUGUUUGCUUCAUGAAAGAUAAAAGUCUAGGUGGUGCUAGAUAUUUUGUGACUUUUGUGGAUGAUUUUUCUAGAAAAUUGUGGGCUUAUCCCUUGUCUAGUAAAGAUCAAGUGCUGGAAAAAUUUAAAGAAUUUCAGGCAAUGACAGAAAGAGAAACUGGGAGGAAAUUAAAGUGCAUCAGGUCUAAUAAUGGUGGUGAAUACAGUGGACAGUUUGAGCGCUACUGUAGAGAACAAGGAAUUAAGCUCGAGAAGACCACUCCUAGAACUCCACAACAUAAUGGAGUUGCUGAAAGAAUGAAUAGAACAAUAUGUGACAAAAUUGUCUGUAUGCUCUCUCAUGCUAAAUUGCCAAAGUCCUUUUGGGGUGAGGCUUUGAAGACUGCAGUGUACUUGAUAAAUCGAUCCCCUUUUGUUGUUCUAAAUGGUGAUGUUCCGAAGAAGAUUUGGUCAGGCAAAGAAGUAUCCUACAAGCACUUGAGGGUAUUUGGCUGUAGGGCAUAUGUGCAUGUUCCAAAAGAGGAGAGAGCAAAGCUUGAUGCAAAGACAAAACAGUGUGUGUUCUUGGGAUAUGGUGAUGAGGAGUAUGGCUACAGAUUAUGGGACUUGAAAAACAGAAAAUUAAUGAGAACCAGAGAUGUGGUGUUCAUUGAGAAUGAGACGGUUGAAGACUCAAAGAAGCAAGAUGACAGCGAGCACACUCAAGAAAUACCGGACAGUGAUUAUUGUACUCCUUCAACACCCAAACCAAGUGUUAUGAAUGAUAAUCACAGUGAAGUAGAUGAGCAGCAAGUUCAAGAGCCUUACUCCACUGAUGAGUAUGUGCUCUUGACUGACAGGGGAGAGCCAGAAACUUAUUAUGAAGCUGUGGAGAGUGAAAACAAGAAGGAAUGGUUGAUGGCAAUGCAAGAAGAAAUGAGUUCUUUGCAAGAGAAUGGGACUUAUGAGCUGGUAGAGCUUCCAAAGGACAAAAAGGCUCUUAACAACAAGUGGGUUUUCAGAGUAAAGUUUGAAGUGAACAAUCCCAAUCCAAGGUUCAAAGCUAGAUUAGUGGUGAAGGGCUUUGGACAACAAAAGGGCAUUGAUUAUGAUGAGAUUUUCUCACUACUUCUCCAUGGUGAUCUUGAGGAGGAGAUUUAUAUGAAGCAACCAAAGGGCUUUGAGGUGCAAGGCAAGAAGAAUCUGGUUUGUAAAUUGAAGAAAAGCUUGUAUGGUCUUAAACAAGCUCCGAGGCAAUGGUACCGUAAGUUUGACUCUUUUAUGGGGGAGCAUAAAUUCAUUAGAACAGAAUUUGAUCAUUGUGUUUAUGUAAAGAGGUAUCCAGAUGGUGAUUUCUUGAUACUUUUGCUUUAUGUGGAUGACAUGUUGAUUGUUGGUCAUGACACAAAGAAAAUUGCAGCCUUGAAGACUGACUUGAGCAAGUCCUUUUCUAUGAAGGAUUUGGGUCCAGCAAAGCAAAUUCUUGGAAUGAAAAUUUUCCGAGAUAGAAAGAACAAGAAGCUGUGGUUGUCACAAGAAAAAUAUAUUGAAAAGGUGCUUAACAGGUUCAACAUGAGCAAAGCAAAACCUGUGGGCACUCCACUUGCUGGCCAUUUCAAACUUAGCACAGAGUAGUGUCCUGCAAGCAAGGAGGAAGCAGAAUACAUGAAGAAUGUGCCCUUUGCUUUUGCAGUUGGUAGUCUAAUGGCCAUAUAUAGCUCACGCAGUGGGGGUAGUGAGCAGAUUUUUAUCCAAUCCUGGCAAGCAACAUUGGGCAGCAGUUAAGUGGAUUUUCAGGUAUCUUAUAGGUACAUCUCACAUGUGCUUAUGUUAUGGUGAGCAUGAAUCUUUACUUAAUGGCUAUAGUGAUGUUGAUUUUGGUGGAGAUUUGGACUCUAGAAAGUCCACUUCAGGAUACUUGAUGCUUUAUGCAGGGGGAGCAAUUUCAUGGAAGUCAAAACUGCAGAAAAGUGUUUCAUUAUCCACUACAGAAGCUAUAUAUAGCUCUUUUUGAAGCAGGAAAGGAGAUUGUAUGGAUGAAGACGUUUUUUGAAGAAUUGGGUCUUAAGCAAGAGAGAUUUGUGCUGUUUUUUGAUAAUCAAAGUGCAAUUUACUU